AUGGAACUACUGCAGGUUUUAAUCUACCCGUUCCAUCAGGUACUAAUUUCCUUAUAAGUAUAGUACCCUUUCGAAAAAGCGGUGGCUCAUUGUUGUAAUUUAUACCAAAUUCUUGAAACAGCAAUUCAUUCUUAUGUGAUGCUAAUGUACCUCUAAGCUUUCCUUCAGCCUAAAAAUUCAAAUAAGUAAAUAAAAACAAUAAUUUUUAAAAAUAAUUCAAAAUCACUAAUAUACAUGUAAUUAUUUAUGUACAUGAUUACUGUUUCAUUGACAUACAUUUCAUUUAGAUUACAUUUUUAUUAUAUAAAAGAGUUUACCUGAGCUGGAGUUAAUUUUCCUUUUAGUACUAGAUUCCAAAAACAAGUAUUAUAUAAAUUGUUUACGUGAGCAUCAGCUUGUCGCCAUGCUAAGUAAUCCCUUAAAUUUUUAUCUGUAGGAUACAAUAUAACACGGGCAUCAAAAGAUGGUGGAUAAUAUAAUUCCUUGCCUUGGAAGAAACGAGGCCAGUGAUAAACAUAUGAUGAUGCAAAGAGAGAAUUCACAUUUGUCAUUAAUUUCGAAGCUAAAAUAUUAUAUUAAAUGUUUUAAACAACAUACUUAUAUUAUUAAACAUUGCAGAAUAUAAAUAUUAUGUAAUAUAUAAAUAAUAAGAAUUGUAUAAAACUAAAUACACGUACAUACACAUACAUAUACACACAUGCACACACACAUCAUGUUCCCAUAUCAUUUAUUUAGCAUAUAAACUACUUUUUAAAAUGUAUAUACCUCUUCGUUUGUAAAGUUCAGUAUCUUUUCGAAAGACAAAAGAAUAUUCGUCACUUUGACCAAAGCCUAUUAUGAUUUCUUUAAAAUCUUCCAUAACCGUAAUAGCCGCGCGAUUCAUUAAUUGCAAAGCAGCUACAUCGUUCGGCUUAUUAAAUUGAUGCGCUUCACAAAACUUCGAAAAGUUUCUUCCAUCUAUUCUAACCACAAUCCAACAAUUUGGCAAACAACAGUCAUCACGUUCAAAUUCUUUUACAUAUUCAAAUUUACUUUUAGCCAUUCUCGUCAAACUUAUGUGCCGGCUAUUGACCACUUGUUUGACCAAGCUAAUGAUUUUCAGGAUGUUACUUCCUGUUGUCUGAAAAUACAACAUUUCCUGAAACCGCUGACUGUUAAAAACAGAAAUUGCAGCAAAAUGGAUUUACAUGAACACUAUAUGCACACUUCAACAAUAGAUUUCUCAAUCUUGGAAUUAUUAGAAAUUGCAUUUAAAGAUGAUCCAUUUUUAUUGCUACAUCGACUAAGCAAAUACUAUUAUACCGAAAUACAAAAAGAUAAUUUACAUGCAAAACAAUUAUACACAUUUCAAAUGAUAUUAUGUUAUGAAUAUCAGCUUGUAUUUCAUGCAAAAAAGAAACAUUCCAAAAUAAUGCCGAAUGAUUUAUGUCUUAAAACUACAGAAAAUACUCUACUUGGAAAGAAAAAAUUACAAAAUUUUACGAAAUAUCCAAUUUUAUAUGAUAUUUUAAUUCUACAAUUAACACUUUAUUGCGAUGCAUUCUGUAUUGAACAACAUUUGAUAAAUUUUCGGCAAUUAAAUGCCGAUAUUUUAAAUAGCAAUGAAAAAUGCUUACAAUUAAAGAAAUUUUUAUAUAACGACUUGGAAUUAAAUCUACGGAAAUGUUUAAGUUCAAUGUACCUGGAAGAUAUAGUAUCAUGGUUACAAAUAAAAGAAAAUAAAGAAUGGCAAUUAUUUGCUUCAAUUUUGCCAAAGUUAAUAAAUACCUUUGAUUUUGAGAAUGUUUUCCCAACCAUAUGGGAUUGUACCUUAAAUAAAUUAGAUGAUUUAAAAGAUUUAUUAUGUGCACUCAGCAUUUUAACAGAUACAUGUUUUUCAUUGAACUUAAAAAAUAAGAGUCUCAUAUAUUAUGAUAUAUGUUAUAAAGAACAACUAUGGUUGUCAAUAAUACAGAGCUUAAAGUCUCCAAUACAGCAGCAUCGUAAACAAGCAUUAUUUAUAAUGAAACAAAUAAUUAAUUUCAUGAGUACUAUAAAUGGAAAUGAUUUAAAAUCAGAAGAAUGUACAAUUAUUCCUUUUGUAUGCAAUCAAUCAAUCAAAACAGAAAUAUCAAUAAAUGAUAUUAAACAAAAUUAUUUCUUGAUAUUAGAGGCUCUGGAAGAAAAACAGCAUCAUCUGAUAUUGCCUGCAUUAACUCAUUUAUCAAUUUUGAUAAAAGGAAAUAAAGAGCAUGCUGCAUGUAACAAUUGCUUCAGCAAUAUUUGGUUACAAUUAAUUUUUGAGAGAAUAUUAUUGCACGAUAAUAAUGCUAUAGUAAAACAAGGUGUAUUAUAUGUUUGUAAAUUACCUAUCCUUCUGCAAGAUGAUCAGUUUACAAAAUUAUUUAUACAUAUUUUAAAUAAUACAUUUUUGUAUGAAUGUCAAACUCAACAAGAACCAAAAAUAUUAAAUGAUAUUGUGACAUUAUUCGUGCAUGCAAAAAAGAACCAAGAUGAAUUUUUGAAUAAAGUUCUUCAAAUAAUGAUUGAAGAAACUUGGGCUCCUAUACCAAUAUUUUAUAUGAUGAAAGUUUUAAGGACAGUUUCAAGCCAAGUAAUGAAUCAUUGGGCAGAUGAACAAUUAAAUUUAAUUAAAUCCUUAAUCCAGAAAAAUUUAAAUAUGCAUUCUCAUAUAUUAAGGGUUGCAUCUCAAAUUGAACUUUUGAAAACAAUUUCUCUUUCUGUAAAGAAGAUUAAUGAUUUGAAAAUUGCAAUGAACAUGUUGUCUAAUAUUUCAGCAAAAAGCAUGUCCUAUAGGAAAAGUACUUAAUAAUUGGAUGUCAUCACUUAAAGGGAUAGAUAUGAGACCCUAUGCAAAUGUUAUACAUAUCUUUUAUAUAGUAGAAUUUAUAUCACAUUUGCUUAAUUUAAGUGACAAAGAAAUUCAAGGAAGUGUUAUACAAUUGUAUAUUAAUGAUGCACUAAAAUUUUUACUUAAACAUAGCAAAACCAUACCAUACAAAUUUAAUUAUGAAGAAUUAAACAGAUAUCUCACUGCAAUUGUUUUAAUUCUUAAUAAUGGAACAAAACUUUUAACGGAGAAGGAAGUUUUAUAUUAUGUUGAAAAGUUUAAAAAUGAAAGUAUAACUAUUAUUCAAAAUAUAAAACAAUAUACAAAUAUGCACUAUGUAUAUGCUUUGUAUAUUUUAUAUUAUACUCAAAAUAUUUUGUGCACAAACCAUACUUCAUUUUAUUUACAACCAUUGUUAAACAUAUGUGAUAUCCACAUAUUUAACAAUGAUGAAACAGAAGUGGAAUUUACUAAAAAAAAAAUAGCCUCUGAUUGUUAUAUAUUACUUGCGAGGCUCUUAAAUCAAUUUCUAUCAAAAGUAGAGACAGAAUUAUGGCCACAAAAUAUUGACUGGAUGAAAAGUAUUUCCUAUUUAUACGAAAUGGGAGGAAAUGAAAUUGUUCCAGAAAUAGCACUAAUAUUAAAAACAAUGAUUAAUAAGGAAGCAAUAGGAAAUUUAGAAAGUAAAUCAAAUUUAAUAUCUAUUUUCACUACAUGUUGGAGAACCACUUUGUUGAGUACAAAGAACAAGAUUUUCUUCCUAACAAUAAAAAAUCUUAUAGGAGUUAUUAUAAACAAUAAUUUUUUGGUAUUGCCCAAUAUUAAAAAUUUUGUAGACAGUUUUCUUAAUCAAUUACUUGAAGAAGGUAAUAAUGUGCCAAAACUGAAAAAAUUUUUACUAAAUGAAAUGAAAUUAUUAAAUACAUGCUAUAUAAAGGAUCUGCAAGAAUCAUUGUUCGCAUGUCUUCUUCAUGGACAUAUAUUUCGAAAAGAUAAACAAAUAGAAAAUCAAGUUUAUUUGUACAUUACAAAAAAUUAUCAUACUUUUUAUCCACAACACAUAAAAAUAAUAGAUCAUAAUAAUGAUGUUAAUAUUAGAGCAGCUUCUGUUAUUUUGCUACAUCAGAUAAUUAAUCAAGAUAAAAAAUUUGGAACAAUAUUUCUUCCAAAUAUCUUACAGAAAUUGGAAAAAUACAAAAAUAAACGAUAUUUCAAUCACUCUUAUAUACAUAAAAUAAAGCAUCGAAUUAUGCAAAUUUUUAGCAGUAAUAAAUAUAGCAAAAGAAAAUUAACUUGUCUACAGAAUGAUAAUGUGAUAUUGCAAGAAUUUCUUUGUAAUUUAAUACUUUUGGAAAGUAAUCAACAUAGUGUUCGAAUAAUGCAAGAAUGGUUAUUAAUAAGAAUUUUUGUGGAAAAUAUGGAUUUUCAUGAUAAAAUCUGGGAAUUUUUUGAGAAGGCUAUUACAACACGUCCAGGGUGUGUUAGUUCCAUAAUAUGUAUCAUUUAUCAUGUUUCAAAGCUUCUAUCUAAAGAUUCCCAAAGCAAUUUUAUUUUAAUAGCAUUUAAUUACAUUACACGUUGUUGUUUGGGACAACAAUAUAAUAUGCGUCUUUAUGCUCAGAUUAUCUUCGUAAAAUUAUAUAAAAUGUUGGAAGAAGUAAAUUCUGAUCAUGUUACACUACAAUACAAAGGGUUGUACAAUGCUGCAAUUGCAAGUUUAAAAGAUGGAUUAGCAAAAAAUUCAAGCAAAAUUCAGGAUGAUUUUUAUCUUUCUACUUUCCAUCCUAUACUGGACUAUACUUUACAAACAAUUUAUUAUGAAUUACCUCGGUUAACUGAUAUGGAUAUGAGUGAGUGGAUAGCUCCAUAUUUAUUUGAAAAUAUGAAUUUUAGAGAAUUAAAGGAUCAUUCUCUUCAGCUAUAUAAUUUAAAUACAUCAUUAUCAGAUACUAAAACAUCAUCAUUUUUAAUAAAAUCUUCAGGUGAUACAGAAUCUUUUGGAAAGAAUGGUAAUAUGAAAUUUGAAGAAUUAAAUGAUAUUCAAAAAAAAAUUAAUCCUUUGUCUACCAAUUUGUUACAUAAUGAUGUUUUUCCAACAAUCAGAGAAUCCAUUUCUCAUAAAAAAAUAUUGGAUGAAGGUCUUGUAGUUGUAGCAUGUCUUAUUAGUCGUACUCCAAAUUUAGGAGGACUUGCCCGUACUUGUGAAAUUUUUAAUGUCAAAGAAUUAGUUAUUUCUAAUAUGAGUCAAAUUAAAGAUAAAGAGUUCCAAAAUCUUAGUGUAUCAGCUGAAAAUUGGAUAACUAUUACAGAGACAAAACCACAUGAAUUAUGCAGAUAUUUAUUAAAUAAAAAAGAUAUGGGAUGGUCUUUGGUAGGAGUAGAACAAACAGCUAACAGUACAAAUUUAUUAAAUAUGAAAUUUGAGAAAAAGACAAUUCUUAUUUUAGGAAAUGAAAAGGAUGGGAUUCCUGCCAAUUUGAUACCUUUAUUCGAUACUUGUAUAGAAAUACCACAAGUAGGUGUGAUACGAUCAUUAAAUGUUCAUGUUACCGGAGCAAUAUGUAUAUGGCAAUAUGCAAAACAACAUAUAUUAACAUAA